AUGGAAGAAGCCAUCGUGCUCCGUGGCCCAUCGCAGACGGGCAAGUCGACCUUCAUGAACAUGGCGACCCAGCUGCAGCAUCUAUCAACGAAGGACCUGUCACUAGUCUUGCUUCCAGGGGAUGCAGCGGCCGCGGCGACCGGUAAUGGCUCCGGCGAGUCCGUGACACACGACACCGCAACUCGGCGCACGUCUUUGGGCCUCGUGGUUGAUGGUCCCGGCGACAACGACUCUAUGAUGCGGUUCACGAACGAGGAGGCGGGAAGGCGCUACGCAGUGGGGGUCGCGGCCCUACGUGUGCAGCGGCUCAAGUUUCUGAUCUUCGAGAGCUUGGCGUCCCCUGCGGUGCAGCUCCGUGCCUCGUUGGCGUCCCUUGGGACCGCCUUCGGUGCCUCCGUCUUGCCGGGUGUCGUUGUGCUGGCCUCGCAGGCGGACCUUCGUGCAGGUCCUCAGCGAGAGGUGCGACUCAACGCACUACGUGCUGUCAUGGCCGAGCAGAACAUCACGGAGCUGGUCUUGUGGCAGCACGCAGACAGCCUGGACCAGGCAGGCGUGCAGGCAGAGCUGGCAGAGCUUCAAGCGGCGCUGCAGAGGGUGCCAGGUGUGUCCACAUCGGCGCUUGAAGAUCUUUGGCAGCGACAGAGGCAGCGUGCUCAGGAGCUCUGUGAUCGCCAGACCGCACGCACGAGGGUGGUCCAAGUGGAGGAGCAGUUCGCGGAGCCCUACACGGACCAGGAGGCAUACCAGGAACAGGAGCCUUACACCGAGCAGGAGCGCUACACAGAGCAAGUGCCCUACACGGAACAGGAGGCUUACGAGGAGAAUGAGCCCUACACCGUAACGGAGUAUCACAACGUGCAGGUGGAAGAGCAGAGAACCAAGAGACGAGGCGGACUCGCUGGGGCUUUGGGCCAAAGGAAGACGUACACGGUCCAGGUCACCAAGAGAGUUCCCGUCCAGGUGCAGAGGCAGAGGCCCGUGACGCGCCAGCGUGAAGUGACGCGUUACCGAGCCGAAGAGCGCACUCGGCCCGUGACGAAGUACCGUGCGGUCACCAAGCAGAGAGAUGUGACCCGCUACCGCACCGCAACGCGCACUGUGGACCGCACGGUCGAGUACUUCCUGCCUCUGGAGGACUUCCACCAGCCAGCCCUGGAAGAGAUCCUCGCCGAGGUCACGCAUGUCUUGGAACACCAGGUGCCGGAGAUCCUGGAGCUGACCAGCGGUGACUUCACCCUCCGCAUCAGCCCAACUCAUCGAGUGGUCACGCCAGAUGGCGAAGUCCAGGCCGACAGCUUGGUCACAGGGGACUUCAUCGUCUCCACCAGUAGGCAGGCACGUCGGUUGACCAACGUGGUGGCCGUUUUCCACGAGCCGCCGGAGAUGAUCUUGACGAUGGGGCAGCGUGCAAGAUCGGCCCGGCGCAGCCGCAUGAAUCGCAGAGGUCGGGGAAACCCUGGACAUGCAGAUGAGGUCAGCAUUCCGGAGACGGCCCCGGGACUGUACCGUGACUGA